AUGAUAAAUAAAAUCAAAGAAUACUUAUUGAAUACACAGCCCGUUGUUAAUGCAUUAAAAGAUCUUAAUAUAUAUUCAAAUGAUAAUUAAUUUCAAUCUCAAUAAAUGAUUUCAAAUAGAUUAAGAUCUUUUUUUGAAAAUUAACAAAGUAAGGUAUGGUUAGUAAACAAUAAUUUAAGAAGAAGUUUUUGAAGUAAUUGUUUGAAGUGGUAUAAAAGGAAAGUGGAGAAGAAGGGAAUUUGUAGAGAAAAUUUAAAAUUUUAUUAUUGCUUCACAUAAUCUUAAGUUCAUAGGUAGGACGUUCAGAAUUAGCAAGAAUCUUAAUUUCAAAAUAAUUGUUCAUAAAAACUGAAAAUACAAUAACUUCUAAAAUGGAUUAAGUGUGUCAACUCUAUUAUAAUUAUUUAUAUAAAUUGGCAUCUUAAGCUACAUUUAUAAAUGAAGAAGUAAUGGAUGGAGAUUUGCUAAUAUAUUUUACACUAUCAAAUUAAUGUUAUAUAGGAAUGAGUAUGUAAAAGAGUGUUGAAAGUAUAGAUUAAUUUGUAUCUAAUCCAUUAUUGGGACAUGUGAUAAGGUUUAUCUAUUAUGAUUUACAAGAUAUUUUUAUAUUCAUUUUGAAAGACAUAAAGAGUUUAAUUGAAAGUAGAGAGUAUAUCAAAUAUAAAAGAGAGUAAAUGUUAGAAUUAUACAAAGAAGUAAUGUAAAAUAUAUUAUUAAACUGCAGUGUUAAAUUCUAUAGAAAAAAAUGUUGAAUUUUUAUUGUUUUAAUAGACAUUUUGAACAUUUUUAAUAGAUAAUGCCUCCCUAUUCUCUUCCAAUAAAUCAAGAAUCAAUAAAUUAAUUAUUAAAUAGUACACCAAAGAUGCAUUCAUUAUAGUAAAUAGAAAAUAAGUAGGGAAAUCAAAUAAAAUGUAAUUAGCCAUAAACAUCAAAACAAAAGACAUCAAUAAAAUUUGAAUUUGAAGAGAAGAAAAGAAAAUAAUCAGAUUCAACAUAAUUUUCAUUUUCAAAUUGA